GGGGUCUCUUGAACCACUGAGAAGCCAAGAAGGACCCACCAGCAUCAUGAGCACCAGAUGUCUCUCCGUCCUCCUGCUGCUGUUGCUGGCCGCCCAGUCUCUCCUGAGAAAAGUGCGCUGCAGUCCAACGUGCAACAACCAUUGCUGUCGCUUCGUCGAGACUUUCCCCGGCAGGCUCAGGAGGCUGCGAGAAGACUACGUGCAGAUCAGGGACUUUUACGAAGCAAACGAUGACCUGGACACUGCGCUGCUUGACCAAACUGUCGAGGACUCUUUCAGAACGCCGUUUGCCUGCCACGCCAUGAACAGCAUACUGGACUUUUACCUGCGGACGGUUCUGCCCGCAGCGAUCACCGGGAUGCCAGAGGACACCAAGGAGUUGAAACCUUUUGUGGAGUCCAUACAGCUGAUAUUCGAUGAGCUGAAUAGAAGUGUAGCCAAAUGUAGGAAAUACUUUGGCUGCCAGAAGCAGUUUGACAUCAUAAAACUGAAUACGUCAUACAGCCAGAUGGAGAACAACGGAGUGUACAAGGCCAUGGGCGAGCUGGACGUGCUCUUUAACUACAUCGAGACAUACCUGGCUUCUAAACGUCAUAGGAACCACGCCGUGUCCUUGUAAAAAAUCUCGCUGACCCCCAUCAAUGUGAAUUUGCUCAUUUUGGGAAGAAACAAUAGUUGGGUACAUUUAAAUGCAUUUUUUUUUUUUUUUUUAUAAAAAGUCUCCGCUUUUCUUGAAAGU